UGGUUUAAGCGGAUUGGUUACAAGUUUGCAAAGCAAUUUCAUUGGUCAAACACACUUAAAACUUCCGUGCGCGGAACUUUCCCGGGGGUUUCCGCCCCAUUCCUAAUUGCCAAACAGCGGACAGUGUUAAGCUGAUUGGUUGUAUCCAGGUGGCCUGAUAAUCUUACCACCCAGAAGCUGGAAGGCCUACUCCUAAUCUGAGCUGCCUGCCAUGGCGUUACUUCUGCUCGACUCACACCUUCCUUUCCCCCUCACUCUUCCUUUGAGAUUUAUCUCAGAGGCCACAGAUUUUUCAAAAUCUUUUGAUCUGCCUUUCCUACUGACAGAAGAACUCCCUUCUCCAUGUAAACUUCUGUAAACAACAAACAAAGAUGUUUGUUGUUUUCUCCGGUCCAGCAUCCAUUCUUUCACUUUCUGGUGGUAGUGCCUGUAAUAGUUUUUCAGAGGCCAUGUCUCCCUCCCCUUUCUCCCAGCUCAUUGGGUUCCAUUUGGUUUCCAGGAGUGGGAAGUGACCUAGGCCUGGCCAACUGGCACAUGGAAUCCUAUUUGGCCAUAGCAAUUGGUUCAGGUCUGGCCAUCCCUCUGCCUAUAAAAAUCAGUUUGAGAUGGAUAAAUGAUGUGAAAUGGCCCAUAGUGAAUCCCAGACAUGCACAGGGGCUUCAAGAAACAGAGGCUCAAAAAGAAAGAAAGAAAGAAAGAAAGAAACAGAGGCUCUCUUUUCUGCUGCAUUUGUCUGAAAGUACACAGACCCAGAAUUUUUGACAACCAUUUUAUAGUACUGUGGAGAAUGAAGCCCUUGGAGAGGAAAGUAGAUCCAGAUGAAGGAGAAAGACAGGAUCCUUGUGGGUGCUCACAAGGUGCUGAAUCCUUGUGGGUCAAGCCACAACUAAAGCUUGAACCCUGGAUAUCAUCAUUCCUUAAGCCAUAAAUUUCCCCUUUUGCCAAAGUAAAUUUAAGUCAGGUUUUCCAAAAGAAUGUUGAGUGAUUUUUCAUAGCCCAGCAGUUCUAACCUGGGCUCUGGUAUUUCUCUGGCUCUAGCUUUGAAGGAACCGUUCUCUCUCUGUCUCUCUCGUUCUCCCCAGUAAAUUCCUAAAUCCCCGGAAGUCCUCAUCUAUGGUCAGCAAACUAAUCCUCUGCCAUUUCCUUCUGCCCUACAGAGCUGGGGGUGGUGGUGAGGGGCCCCUUUUUCUGCAGAAGCUGAGAAUCCUAACCCUGUCUCAGCUACCCAGCAAAGCAGCAGAGAGCCCAUCUUAGGUAACAGAUAUCCUCACCCUCUAAGGCAGUCAAGGUCAGGGUCCAGGGAACCGAAGGUCGCUGGUGCCCCAUCCAAGGGCACAAAGGUGCUGCACCCUACCCUUUUUCUUCAUGGCUCCGCUUAGGGGGCGCUUGUCUCGUGCCAGGCACUCAUGCUCGUCUGUAAUCCUCAUAGCGACCUGAGGGGCGGUGAUUACUGUAUCCUCACUGCACAAGUGAGAAGACUGAAGCUCAAGAAGUUCUCCGACAGUCAAGGAUCCACGGACACAGAGUUGCAAAGAAAGUUAGACCAUGAGAUCCGGAUGAGGGAAGGGGCCUGCAAGCUGCUGGCGGCCUGCUCCCAGCGAGAGCAGGCUCUGGAGGCCACCAAGAGCCUGCUGGUGUGCAACAGCCGCAUUCUCAACUACAUGGGCGAGCUGCAGCGGCGCAAGGAGGCACAGGUGCUGAAGAAGACAGGCCGGCGGCCUUCGGACAGUGGGCCACCCACUGAGCGCUCCCCCUGCCGUGGCCAGAUCUGCAUUUCUGAUCUCCGGAUUCCACUCAUGUGGAAGGACACAGAGUAUUUCAAGAACAAAGGCGACCUGCACCGCUGGGCUGUGUUCCUGCUGCUGCAGAUAGGGGAACACAUUCAGGACACAGAGAUGAUCCUGGUGGACAGGACCCUCACAGACAUCUCCUUUCAGAACAACGUGCUCUUUGCCGAGGCAGGGCCAGACUUUGAACUGCGGCUGGAGCUGUACGGGGCCUGUGUGGAAGAGGAGGGGGCCCUGGCUGGAGCCCCCAAGAGGCUUGCCACCAAACUCAGCAGCUCCCUGGGCCGCUCCUCUGGGAGGCGUGUCCGAGCAUCGCUGGAGACUUCUGGGGGCUCAGGCAGCAGUCCCAUCUUGCUUCCCACUCCGGCUGUGGGUGGUCCUCGUUACCACCUCUUGGCUCACACCACACUCACCCUAGCAGCUGUGCAGGAUGGGUUCCGCACACACGACCUCACCCUCGCCACUGCUGAGGAGAACCCUGCCUGGCUGCCCCUUUAUGGCAGUGUGUGUUGCCGCCUGGUGGCUCAGCCCCUCUGCAUGACUCAGCCUACUGCAAGUGGUGCCCUCAGGGUGCAGCAAGCUGGGGAGCCGCAGGACUGGGUGCAAGUUCACGGAGUCCUGAAAGGCACAAACCUCUUCUGUUACCGGCAACCUGAGGACACAGCCCCUGGGGCCGAGCCGCUGUUUACUAUCGCAAUCAACAAGGACACUCAAGUCCAGGCAGAGGAGCUGGGCCAGGCAGCCGGCGGGCCCUUCACCCUGAGCAUCAGGAACCAGGAUGGGGAGGAAGAGGUGACGCACACUCUUCAGGCGGAGAGUCGGGGAGCCCUGCAGAGCUGGAUGGAGGCUCUGUGGCAGCUUUUCUUUGACAUGAGUCAGUGGAAGCAGUGCUGUGAUGAAAUCAUGAAAAUUGAAACACCUGCUCCUCGGAAACCACCCCAAGUGCUGGCCAAGCAGAGGUCCUUGUACCAUGAAAUGGCUAUUGAGCCGCUGGAUGACAUCGCAGCGGUGACAGACAUCCUGGCCCAGCGGGAGGGUGCGAGGCUGGAGACGCCCCCACCCUGGCUAGCAAUGUUUACAGACCAGCCUGCCUUGCCUGGCCCCUGCUCACCUGCUUCAGUGGCCCCGGCUCCAGCCCGGAUCCAUUCCUUGCCCUGGGGGAGACCCCGAACAUUCUCUCUGGAUGCUGUCCCCCCAGACCACUCCCCUGGGGCUUCUCGCUUGGUUGCCCCUCGCCCCCUGCAGCGGUCCCCACGGUCCAGAGGCCUCUGCGCCAAAGGCCCACCCCACACUUGGCUCCAGUCACCAGUGUGAGGGAAAAGGUGCUGGCAACAGGAUCUGGCCAGAAGAGGAGAAGAUCUGUGUGCAGCUGGGCUCUGGAUUCAGCACUGUUUCGGGCAGGUUGACCAGCUUGGCCUCCCCUUCCUUUGCUGGAGUCGGGGCAGGCUGAGAAGGGGUAGCAGAAGCCCCUUUAAGCUGUGGUUGCCACGGUGCUGAGGGACUCGUUCCCAGGGCUGGCUGGACCCCCUAAACCCUUCCUGGGAGAAAACUGGAACCAACCCUGCCUUACCUCCCUGCAUUAACCAGCUUUGAGAAUGGCACUGAAGAGCCCUGGGAGGGAACACACUUCCCUCGUGACUUUUACAUUGACCAUUAAAAUUAUUUAACAUCACCCUUCA